AUGGUGUUGUACAGGUGCAGAACAGGCUGGCUACAAGACCCUUGGAGAGCUGUGCAAGGACACAACUUGCUAUGGAAGAAGGGAGGCACGGGGCCACUGACAGACUGCUGCAGACUCAACAACUUCUACAUCUGGAGAAUCUCAGACACAGGCUUCUAUGUCCAGCACUAUGCCAGCUCCCUCAUCACCAAUGUUGUCUCUGUGGACAGUCCCCUGGGAGCAAUGCAGACCAUCUAUGAGCCAGAUUCACUGAGUCACAAGUUCCACCCCAAGACAGCCAAUGCCAGUCACUCCCUGUUUGUGGGUGUCUCCCCAUCACACACUUGUGAAUACCAGGCAUCCAAGUCCCGGAUAAUGAAGUUCUAUGGAGAUAAAUUUUUUGGCGGAGGCGUCGGCGGAGGAAACACUGGCAUCCUCUUAGCAUCAUUCACCUCUGGAUCUAAUAUGGCACCUCUCAUGACCUUCAGUAACGCUGGCACUUACCCAGCACUCUACGGCUCCACACACUUUGAGGGUCUCACGUUCCACAACUUCCGUGACACCGACUGCGGGCGAGGCACUGCUCUCAUGGUGAACCCUCAGUCAGAGGACGCCAACCACCCGACGUUUGUCAAGUGUCUCUUGUUCCUCAACACACCACAGGAGAACUACAUGUACAUUCCUAGGCCCAACUUGAGCAGCAUUGAUCCGUCAGACUGUGUGGAUACGGACUGUGAUGGACUAAAGAAGGUGGUGGUGACGGAUGUUGAUGGAUCUCUGCUGGGUGAAAAGGAUGCCACAGUAAUCUCUCAGGCUGACUGGGAGUGGGACGGAGAUCCUCGGAGGGGCAUUGGAGAUUACCGCAUUCCUCUUCCAAUCAGACAGAAUCCUGACAGAUCCCAGAUUGAGGCAGCUGACAAGUUUCCGAAUAAAGGCAUUGUCCGUGAUGCUUCCUGUGCUGUGGUUCCAUCGUGGCAGGCAUGGAAGUGCUUCUCGCUGCGUCGCCACCUCAUGAUCAUUGAGAGCAUAGACACAGACACAGAGGUGUGGCGCCUCUCCCCCAUCGCCCUCAUUGCCAACCCUGGUGAGCAAUACAAGUCACCUUCUCCUCUUGUCCCCAUAAAUCUGUCGAUGUGCCAGACUUUUAUCUUGUUCCUUUAAAUCUAUUUACCAGAUUGUCAAUUCCACUUGGGAUUUUUUGUAAGUGUCAUUAAUGCCGCCUCCUCCUCCUCCUCCUCCUCCUCCUCC